AUGUAUGGUUCACGUAAUCUCCGCAACAAUGGCUCUUUACAACAGAGUGGCCCCAAUAAUAAUAACAACAGCAGUAGCGUCGCCGACAGCGGCAGCAGCAAUGACAACAAAGCCGGUCGUUAUGGUAUUGGUGGUGACAAUAGCAACAACACUACACUAGCAAUGGCAACAACAACAGCAAUGAAUAACAGUGGUGGAAUUCAUUUGCCGAAUGCAAAUACAAGACAGCCUUUUACUGGCGGUGGUGGUGGUGGUUUUGCGUUUAUGGGAGCAGCAGGGCAGCCACAACAGCAACAACAACUACCACAGUCACAUCAUACCAACAUUAAUCGUAACUGUAGUAGUGGUGGUGGAGCUACGACGGCAACGGCGUCAGCGACAUCAUCGUCGUCAUCGGCAAAGCCAGUAAAUUCUCCGUUUGUUGGACAAACGCAUUCAGUUGAAGGUGGAUCGCGUGCGCAGACGGUUGAUACGAUUAAUAAUAGUCCGAUACAAAGUAGAAAUCAGAGUCAGAAAAAACACCAGCAACAACAACAACCACAAUUAGUACCACAAACGUCACCCGAAUUUGCAACGGCAAUCAAUCAAUUGAAAGAGCAAUUUUGCCAAAUAAAUUUAAAGAAGAAGAAUACGCCGCAAACGAACGGUGUCGUUGCCGCAGCGACAACUAAUCAACACGCGAAUCUUUUGCAUAAUAACCCAAUAAAUUCGGCAAUUGUUGCUGGUCAACAACAACAACAAACACAAGAACAACACCAACGAAAUUUUUACAAUAAUUUGCUGCCUGCCAAUAGUAGUGGUUGUGGUGGUGUUGUUGUAACGAAAACAACAACCUUAAAUUUACCCGUGACAUCAUACGCUGCCACACAACAGCAACAACAACAAGUUCAGCAGCAACAGCAAGAAUAUCCUGUUGAACAAAUUUAUUACAGUGACAACAACAACACAAAUACCUACACAUACACAUAUAAUCCACAGGAAUACGACGAAAACUUCGACGAAGAAAUGGAAGCUGAACGUGAUUUGGCCGAAGAUGCCCAAUGGAAGAAAAUCCAACAGAAUACCUUUACCCGCUGGGCCAAUGAACAUCUAAAAACCAUCGAUCGUUCGAUUAGCAAUUUGGAAAGUGAUCUAUCCGAUGGUCUACGACUAAUUGCCCUGAUUGAGGUGUUGUCACAGAAACGUAUGCCCAAAUAUAAUAAAAGGCCAACAUUCCGUUCACAGAAAUUGGAAAAUGUUUCGGUGGCAUUGAAAUUCCUCGAAGAUGAGGGUAUCAAAAUUGUCAAUAUUGAUUCUUCGGAUAUUGUCGAUUGUAAAUUGAAAUUGAUUUUGGGUCUAAUAUGGACCCUGAUUUUGCACUAUUCCAUUUCUAUGCCCGCCUGGGAGGGUGAGGAUGAUCAGCAAUUGAAUGGUUCGGGACCAACGCCCAAACAGAGAUUGCUCAAUUGGAUCCAUGGCAAAAUACCCGAUCUGCCCAUUAAGAACUUUACCAAUGAUUGGACCAGCGGUAAGGCUGUUGGUGCUUUGGUUGAUGCCUGUGCACCUGGUUUAUGUCCCGAUUGGGAAAUGUGGGAUCCCAAGGAUGCCGUACAAAAUGCCUCCGAAGCUAUGGGUCUGGCUGAUGAUUGGUUGAAUGUACGCCAACUGAUCAAACCCGAAGAAUUGGUUAAUCCCAAUGUUGAUGAACAAUCAAUGAUGACAUAUUUGUCGCAAUAUCCCAAUGCCAAGUUGAAGCAGGGUGCACCAUUGAGACCCAAGACUAAUCCAAAUAGCAUUCCUCCACCGCGAGUACGUGCUUAUGGUCCUGGUAUUGAACCCAUUGGUCCAGUUGUUGGUGCUCCAGCCAAUUUCACGGUAGAAACUUUCUCAGCUGGCAAAGGCCAAGUUGAUGUUGAAAUUAUCUCUCCCGAUGGUUUGGUCGAAAAGGCCGAUGUCCGUUUCAACAAUGACAAGAAUUUGACCUAUUCCAUUUCGUAUAUCCCCAAAAUGGAGGGUGAACACAAGGUGAUUGUGAAAUUCUCCGGCCGUGAUAUUCCCAAGUCUCCCUUCCCCGUUAAGGUUGAGGGUCAUGCCGGCGAUGCUUCCAAGGUAAAGGUUACCGGUCCUGGUAUACAACCCAGUGGUGUGGUGAUUAGCAAACCCACAUUCUUUGACAUCUUGACACACGAUGCUGGUCGUGGUGUACCUGAGGUUAUUAUCAUUGACCCGGCCAAUCAUAAGACCUCGGUGGCUGCCAAGGUUCGACAAUUGGAAAAUGAUGUGUGGCGUUGUGAAUAUGUUUCGGCCCUGCAGGGUUUGCAUUCCGUCAAUGUGUUUUAUGCGGGGACACCCAUACCUAAUAGCCCCUUCCCGGUGAAAAUUGCCCCCUUGUCCGAUGCUAAGAGAGUGAGAGCUUCUGGUAGAGGUUUACAACCCAAUGGUGUGCGCGUUGGCGAUGAUGCUGAUUUCAAGAUUUAUACCGAGGGUGCUGGUGAAGGUUUGCCUGAGGUGAGAAUUGUUGGCCCUGGUGGCAUGAACGAAAAUGUGGCCAUGACCAAAUUGGAUGCCCACACCUAUGAGUGCCAUUAUUUCCCCAACAAAGAGGGUAGAUAUGUUGCGGUGGUAACAUUUGCCGGCCAGGAAAUAAAUAAGUCACCCUUUGAGGUUAAGGUCGGCCCCAAGAAGGAUUCCAAUAUUGUAGCCUUUGGCCCUGGUUUGGUCGGCGGUGUUGUCGGCUACCCGGCUGCCUUUGUGGUAGAGACCAAUGGUGAAACUGGUGCUUUAGGAUUUACAGUAGCUGGUCCUUCUCAGGCUGAAAUUGAAUGUCACGAUAAUGGUGAUGGUUCCGCUUUGGUCAAAUAUCAUCCCACAGCUCCGGGUGAAUAUGCUGUGCACAUUCUAUGCGAUAAUGAGGAUAUACCCAAAUCGCCAUUUAUUACACAAAUUCUGCCAAAGACCGAUUACCACCCUGAGAAGGUUAAGGCCUGGGGUCCGGGUUUGGAAAAGAAUGGUGUGUCUAUAAAUGAGCCCACCAGUUUUACUGUGGAUGCCACCCAGGGUGGCCCUGCACCCUUGGAUGUAAUUGUGGAGGAUAUCUAUGGCAAGAGAUUGCCUGUGGAUGUCAAAAAUCAACCAGAUGGUACGAAAUUGUGUACAUACACCCCCGUGUCGGGUACACCACAUACUGUGGAGGUUAACUUUGGUGGUGUGGCCUCGGCCAAUUCACCACACCGUGUCUAUGUGGGCCUACCCGUCGAUGCCAAUAAGGUCCAGGCCUUUGGCCCCUGGUUCCAACCGGGAGUCCAUCCCAAUGCUCCCACACAUUUCAAUGUCGAUUGCCGUGAUGCUGGCGAAGCCGAGUUGAAGGUGAAAAUUGUCCACGAGGAAACUAAGGUGGAGAUACCCUGUCGUAUUAUCGAUAAUGAAGAUCAAACCUAUUCCGUUGAGGUUAUACCACCCACUAAGGGAGCCUAUACCACUACCAUGACAUAUGGAGGACAACCCGUACCAUUGGGACAAAAAGUAAUGGUUGAACAACAAAUCGAUGUAUCGAAAAUCAAGGUUGAUGGCCUAGAACCAACUGCUCCGUUAAAUAGUCUCCAGCAGUUUCGUAUUAUUACCCAUGGCCUACCCAAGGCCGAUUUGGCUGUAACCAUAACCAGCCCCUCGGGUAGUCGUGUCAAGGCCCAUGUCAUCCCAACGGCCGAAGGAUUCCUGGUGAAUUUCACCCCAACCCAGCUGGGAGAAUAUCUCCUAAGUAUUUGUUUUGGCGGAACACCCAUUACCCCCCGACCAUUCCGAUUACAAUGUUUAAGUGGCAGUGAUUCGAAUAAGGUUCGAGCCUUUGGCCCUGGCCUGGAGAAGGGUCUGGUGGGACAACCAGCUGAAUUUAUGAUCGAUACGCGAGGAGCCGGCCAAGGUGGAUUGGGUGUCACGGUCGAGGGACCCUGUGAGGCAGCCAUUAAUUGUCGUGACAACGGGGAUGGAACCUGUAAUGUGGCCUAUCUGCCCACCGAAGCCGGAGACUAUACUGUUAACAUAACAUUCAAUGAUCGCCACAUAAAUGGAUCACCAUUCCAACCGAUUAUCUAUCCGCUGCCGAAUCUCAGCAAUACCCGAGUUAGUGGUAUAGGGAUACAGCCACAUGGUGUCAUCAUGAAUGAGAAAACCGAUUUUAUGGUCGAUAUGAGUAAAGUCGGUGCCAACAUCGAAUCAAAGAAAUUGUCCUGCUCCGUUUUCGAUCCCAAGGGCCAAAUGUUGCCAAGUGAAAUCUUGCCCGGACCCACCAAUGAUGUCUUCCGUAUAAUGUACACCCCAUUCGAGGCAGGUCGCCAUACAAUUGAAUUACUGUACGAUAACAUUCCUGUACCCGGUUCACCAUUUGUGGUCAAUGUUAAGAGCGGUUGUGACCCUAGUCGCUGCAAGGCCUAUGGCCCUGGUCUCAAGAGAGGUUUUGUCAAUGAAAAGAAUAAAUUUGUCAUAGAAACAAAGGGUGCCGGCAAGGGAGGUCUCUCACUGGCCAUUGAAGGUCCCUCUGAGGCUAAACUGACCUGCAUCGAUAAUCGUGAUGGUAGCUGUGAUGUCGAUUAUUUGGCAACCGAAGUGGGUGAAUAUGAUAUUUCAAUCCGUUUCGCCGAUAAGCACAUACCCGGCUCACCCUUCACUGUGUAUGUGGAAGAGAGAUCCGACCCCUCCAAAGUAAAGGUAUAUGGUCCUGGCAUUGAACAUGGUGAGGUACGUGAAGGUGUGCCCACACACUUCUUUAUUGAUGUACAAGAUGCCGGUCCGGGACGUAUUGCUGUGAAGAUACAAAAUUCCGAAGGUAAACCCAUUGAAGAUUUAAGAGUCGAAGAGAAAGGUGAUGGUAUCUAUUGUGUACACUACUCACCACCCAAAGAGGGUUCGGUGUUGACCUGUACCAUUACCUUUGCCGAUACUGAAGUGCCAUGCAGUCCCUUCGUUAUGACCGUCUUCCCCAAGUCCGAACCCCACAAGGUCAAAAUCAAGGGCGUCAAUGAUAAGCGUAAGACACCUGCCUCCCGUCCUGCUGAAUUUGAAGUUGACACCAAGAAGGCCGGCCAAGCUGACAUUGAUGUUGAUAUUAAAAAUCCCAAGGGUAAAGCGGUUAAGCCCCGCCUCCAAGAAAUCAAUGAAGGUACCUAUGUGGUGUCGUUUGUCCCUGAUGAAUGUGGCACCUAUAUGGUUAGCAUUAAAUAUGGUGGCCAAGAAAUCGAAGGAUCACCCUUCAAAUUGGAAGCCUUCCAAACUGGUGAAGCUAAAAAAUGUAAAUUGGUCGAAGAGGCCCCCAAGAUUCAACCUUCCGGCAGUAAGAGUCAUUUGACGGUGGAUGCUCGUGAAGCGGGAGAUGGUGCUGUUACAUGUAAAAUUGCCUCCAAGACAGGAAAGGAAAUCGUGGACAUUGAUGUCAUUGAAAAGGAUGGCUUCUUUGAUAUCUUCUAUGCCUUGAAUGAUCCUGGAGAUUAUGAUAUCAAUGUGAAAUUUGGUGGUAAAGAUAUACCAAAUGGUAGCUUCUCCAUUAAGGUAGUUGCCCAAUUGAAAUAA